AUGAGCAAUUUGUGGGGCAUGAAUUUGAAAUCCACCAUUAUUGAUUAUUUACCAUUGAAUAUUGAACAAUUCACUAGUCUCACAGGCUAUACAACAAUAAGGCCUGAAAUGUAUAUCUCACCAAUUCAAAUGUAUCAUGUGUAUUUUGACGAAGAGAUUAUUGAUGAACCAAUUUAUUUGUUAUGCUGGAAUAAUAUGACACAAGAUUCAAUGUUCACUGACAGGUUAAAUUCAAUGAAUACAUUAAAUUAUGAUGCUGUUUGGUAUGUUUCAAAAGGUUCUGUAAAUGAGUUAAAAUUAGCCAGAGAUGAAGGUUAUGAAAUAGUGAAUGAAAUGCUCAGAGUCUAUCCAGAUGAAGCAUAUAUACGAAAGCAUAUAUUAUUUAUAUGCUCAUAUCAUGCAAAUCAAUCGAUAAUUAAAACAGUACAUCAGUUAGUAUAUCAUGUACCGAGGCUAUUCAGUGAAGUGAUAUAUCUAAGGGUUCCUCAGAUGAUUUCAACAGCACAAAAUGCAGUCACAGACAAACAAAAUGAAGACAUUUUAAAACAGCAUAUCAUACAUUCAUUAAAACAAAUAUUUGAUGGAGACGAAUAUUCUAUUGAAACAUUGAAUCACCCGCUGAAUUUAACAGAUACUGAUGGUGAAAAUGAAAAUCCUUUAGAGACUUAUAUGAAUUUUAGAAUAAAGCCCAAUGAAAUUCCGAUAAACCAUAAUAAAAGUAUGCAAAGCUUUAAUGCAAUAAUACCUUUGAAUAAAGUAAAGCGAUUAAAAUCAUGGUUGAAACAAUAUGAAAUACUUCAGUUAUGUGCUCAUGUGAUACACUAUGAAUUAUUCACACCUUCAUUUUGUGAAGAUUUCAAUAAUAACACUGUUAAAAAUGUAACAAAUGGUGCAAAAGCAGUUAACAAUAAUAAUUUCAAUUUAUGCGCUAUUCUCCGCCAUAAUGGAAUGAUAACAAUAAAACAAUCCAAUUAUUUUACAUACAAUACUGAGCGAAAAUUCUCUUUGAAAAUGAAAAGUCUUCAUGGAUAUGCUUGUAUGCUGCAAUUGGAAUGUCAGCGGUAUAACUGUAAAUUUUUUCUAAAAUUUGCCAGUUAUUAUAGAGUUACAGUUAAGUUCAAUUUAACAGCCAACAUUGAACAUAUUGAAAAUUCAAAAAACGCUCCAUUAGUAAUAACUUUUAAUUUAAACAAACCAACUAGAAAUGGAUCUUGGAUUCAAACAAUUAAAUUCUUUAUUGGUGAUAAUAAUAAGUAUUUAUCAAAAUUUGUACUUUAUUUAAAUAAUACACUUCAUUUCAAUAAAUGUCCGUGUGGAAAUGUCAGUAUUAUUCAACAUAAAUACAUUGAAAAAGUUAUGAUAUUUACCAAUCAACAAAUAUUACUCUACCCCAUGUAUUUUAAACAAAUAAAUAAUCGACAGUGUGACCGCCAUUUUCAGCAACAAUCAAUUCAAACAAGUAAGACAAACUUCGUACAAGGUAUCAAUACUGAUGCAUUGAAAUGGAAUAAAGAGAAGUUAUUUUGGACAGUCAAUUUGAAACUGUGCCUUAGUAAAUGUAUUGCUGAGGAGUUAAUGAAGAAGCCAAUAUGUUGGACAGGCGAAUCGACUGAGCUGUGUUCACAAGAUCUUAUAACAUAUAUUGAUCCAUCAAAGCACCAAGAGGAAAUCCACUUGAAAUCUGCUAAUAAGUUAUUUAUGAAGCAGUUUUGUAAUCACUCAGGUUUGAAUGGUCAAUGUUCAUUCAAUAAUUCAAUAGAAUAUCAUGAUUUAUCUAUUCAGUGUUCUUAUAAUGGUACUAUGAAACAAUUUUAUGACCGCCAAUUAAACUGUCAAUGGAUUAAACAGAAAUACAGACCACCGGUUAUUUUACAUCGUAUUACUGAAUCACAAAUGGUGAUAAGGAAAACAGUCAAAGUUGGGAGUCAUUCUAUGUCAGAAGCAAAUUGGAAGCGCAUUUGCCCAUUAGGAUAUUAUCGUGAAAUGUAUAUCAAUACAACUGAGUGUAUCCCUUGUCCACUGGAUCAUUUCGCCGAUGAGUCAACUUCUGCCUACAAAUGUAAUGCAUGUCCUAUGCGUCAAUCAACUACAAAUGGUAUUUCAGGCGCGAUAUCUAUACACUGCUUAGCAAAUCAGAAUCCAAAAAUCAAUAAACACUUUUUACGCAAACGUAACUUACUACGUAAAGUAAUAAAACGAAGCAUUCAACCGAUUUUUGGUAAUACUGAAGCAGAUAUUAAAGAACACUUGAUGAAAUGGUUACAACCUGAUGAAGAGAGAUUAAAAUUACAAGAUGAUGCAAUCAAUAUAUUCAAGGAGUUGAACUGUCUAGGAUUCUCUUCACAUGAAUUACUCUUAAUGAUAAUAAUAUCUAUUGGAAUUGCAUGGUUCGGUAUAUGCUUAACAUUCGUUUUAUUUCUCAGUGUACAAGAACCAUUUGGUUAUCAGGUGGAUGAAAGAAAAUAUGUUAAGCGUGAUAGCAAGAUGAAGAGAAUCUCUGAUUCAAUUGUAAAGAUGACGCUAUUUUUCAUAGAAUCAGUACUCUGCUUCCCAUUCCAUUUAUGCUACGGGAUAAAACGUCGUACAAGUAAUAUCCCAUUUAAAUUCAAGAAAAAUGACUUUCUCUUACGCCUGUCGACUGUUAAACGUGAAACGAUGAACAUCUUUCGUCAAGAAUUAAUCUUCCAUGAAUUAUUUGAAAUGAAACAAACAAUGAUGCUACAAGAUAUUCUAACCGAUUUGACAAUUGAUCGAAUGAUUGAAGCCAGUCAGACGGAGCAGCUUGAAAAGUCUUUAAAUCAAUGGACAACUGGUUCAACAACAACAGAUUUAAAUGAUUUGGAUGAUCGUUGUGAAAAUUCCAUUAUCACUAAACGAGUUCAGCGAAACUGUGAAGUGAUGAAACCAUAUUUUCGUAUACCAAGACGUUAUAAUCCAGCGUAUUUUUUAUUUCAUCCAAAAUUUUGGCGUCAAUUUAGUAGACCACGUUCAAGAUUCAAUGCACCGUUUUAUCCGUUACAAAUUAAACGUGAAGAUUUAAGAUUUUAACUAAUGACAAAAAUCCCAAUUAUUAAUAAAAUUUUUGAAAUAUGUCCAAUUUUCACUCUUUUUUCUUCUUGAACGCCCAGUUUAGAUUCUUAUGGCUUG